AUGGAAGUACAGCAAGCAAUACGUGAUCUCAUUGAACAUGUCCAGCUACUGCAGCGAAAGGCGAGGCCGAUGGAGCGUCAGAUUCUCCGAAACACUACGGAACUACUGGAGUUGUGCGCAGCAGUCCAGCCUCAGGCUUGCGUUAUAGAAUUACUCCGAGUCGAAAUUGGCCAGCAGAGGUGCUGGGUCAUGGACUACCUAAAGCAACAGGGAGCCUGCCAAGAAGUCACUUUCCUUUUUGAUGGACUCACAAAAACUUCAGAAGAUGACGAAACACUCCUCCUGAGAUACUGCCAAGAGACCUUAGAGGGGGCCAGGGCUAUAGCGCUCGGAUUAGGUAUUGCCCUAUCACCCCAAGCGUGGAAAAUCAGGCACCGUAAGAAGCCUGUUGCAUGUUCAAAUGGACGGAGCCAUACCAAGGGCAAGGAUAUCAAUUCUGCUCCAGUAGCAGCAAUGCUCCCGAUAGACCAUUCUCCAGGAGAUUCCACAGUUCUCGAAAGGCUCUACAACCAAUCCUGGUAUUACUAG